AUGGAAUCUUCGUCACUCACUGCUACGGAUGCAGAUAAGCGAGAAGUUGUCGACCUAUGCGUUCGACUUCUCGAGACCUUGAAGCUGGGCGGUGCAGCAGGACGAGAUCAAUUUCUGGCUACUCUCGCCCCGUAUGGAACUGCGUGCCACGCUCGAGCUAUGUUAAACAAGGGCUUUGAACAUGAGCAAUUCCCGCACGGGUUUGCAGACCGCAUGCCGUGGGACUCGAUCGAGGAUGGCGAGCUUGAAGAAGGGCUUGAUGGCAGGCCUACGGUGUUAAUUGACCACGACCUUGCCAUGGUUUGGACGCCCUACUGGUUCACGCGCAAUGGUGCUCUCACCCACCUGGGGACGAAUUGCUUUACUCUUAUCAAAGCGGCCUGGGAUGAAAGCUUGCCGCAGAAGGUGGAGUGGAAGAUUUGCGGCCUAACUGACACUGCCCGACCUCCGACAGAGGAAGAUAGGAAACGGCUUGGGAAAGAGUAG